AUGUCUACAUUCUCAUCUCUAUCUUCGUCAAUCAUCGCCCGUCAGAUAGCUCGUGUAUCUCGACCGCGACCGUGGAUCGUACCUGCUCUCGUCGUCAAGCCUGCUCCAGUGGCUUGCUCCACGACGGUACCUUCCUCCACUCUGUCAAGUCUCCCGAAAUCUGCGAUCGCCCGCGUCACAGCUCGUGUGUGUCGCUCUCAAAACAUAUCAACGGUUUCGUCCUUCUCCUCCUCGAAACGCUCGAUCGUCGGCGGCCGUCAGACUCCUGUUCCUGAGUCUGGCCUUCGCCAAACGACCCUCGCAGCUCGCGCCACUGCCCGCGCAUCUCGCGACCGCCCCUGGCUCAAUCAACGCUCCGAAUCCAUCGCCGCCAAAGUCAGCAAGUCAAAGUCCAAGACUGCCCAAUGGAUCAAGUCACAAGCGGUCGACCUUCGCCAAGCUCUUCGUCGCCCUUUCCAAGCCUCGCGACAACCCUCUUCAAUCCCCAUCCGACACUCUCCGACGUCGGAUACCUCCAUGUCCAUUCCUGCUCCUCCGAUCGUCCUGCCAAAGCGACGCACUGCCGCGACCGGUCCCCGUCAAGCCGUUCGAUACCCUUCGACAUCGAACAACCGUCCAGCACCUUCGUCAUCGUCGUCUUCCCGUCCUCAGCGAGUGGUCACCCCGGCAUCCCCCGACAAGUCCAUUGCCGCCAUCGUCCGUGAAGCCUUCGCCUUCGACAUCAACGAGUUCCGCGCCGAAGUGGAACCGAUAUACGAGAGAAUCAAAGCCCACCGCCAAUGGUUUCGACGCCUCAAUCGGAAGCCGGUUACCUUCGACGACAACCCUACGGUGAUCGAAAACCCCAGAUGGAUCGACAAGAAGGAUCACGUUCACCCUCGUCCGUCACGCAUAAUGGGCCAACUCCUUGCGUGGCGACCCUUGAGUGAUGAGAAUCCUUACGAGUAUACGACGGUCUGGGGUAGCGACUCAUCGAACUUCGACCACUCCGACUGCCUAAAUCCCGGAUGUCGCCGCAGGACGAAGGAUCUCUACAUGGAUAACUACGAAGAAUGGUAA